UUUUUUUUUUUUGUUUUUUGAGACGGAGUCUCGCUCUGUCACCCAGGCUGGAGUGCAGUGGCGCGAUCUCGGCUCACUGCAAGCUCCGCCUCCCGGGUUCACGCCAUUCUCCUGCCUCAGCCUCCCGAGUAGCUGGGACUACAGGUGCCCGCCACCACGCCCGGCUAAUUUUUUGUAUUUUUAGUAGAGACGGGGUUUCACCGUGGUCUCGAUCUCCUGACCUCGUGAUCCGCCCGCCUCGGCCUCCCAAAGUGCUGGGAUUACAAGCGUGAGCCACGGCACCCGGCCGAUUUCCCCAAAGUUACAUUUCAGAGAUGGCAGAGGCUGUGACACCUCUGCCAGGGCUGACAACUCAUGUGGCUCCCCCUCUGGCAGGGAUGGGACUGUCCCCUCCCAAACAAGCCAGGUCUGGGCCCUGACCCAUCUAAGGGGGCGAGGAUUUUCCCUUUUGAGUGGGGGUUUCCCAGGCCUGGCUAACCGGAUUCUGACCCUGUGUGCCUGUGGAGGAGGGAAGGGUUAGGAGGGCAAGGAGUUUGAACUCUGAACCUAGGGCAGGCUCAGCUUCGGGGCUAAGACCCUCGUAGGGCGCUUAAUGCCCCUCUAAGGGCUGAAGUUUUCCCUGGGCCUGCCCGGGAGAUGGGUGGAGUCUCUUCUCAGGCCAGCUCCAGUUUCCAUGGAAACCCACAGGCUUCCCACCCUGUCGGCUGCCUGGGCAGACUCCCAGCCAGGGCCUCUUUUGCCGCCGCCGCCGCCAGCCAGCCAGCCAGCUUCUUCCCAGGACCAUAGGCCACUCCACCCUCAGCUUCUCCUGGCCCCCUCCCUGUGUCUGUUCCUGUCCCCGAGCCUCUGGCCCCUGAUGCCUUCAGGAGCUUGGGCCUCUCCUGCUCCACUCCUAAACUUCAGCUUCUCAGCAAACAGGCCUCCUAAGUCCCUGCUUCUCCCUCUGGGGCCUUGCUAGCCUCAUCAGCUCUAGGACCUGGCCAGGCCUCCCAGGCUCCCUCCUCCACCCCCACCCCUUCUCACUCAUGGAGCCCCUGGGACUGGUCGUGCAUGGGAAAGCUGAACCUUUUUCCGCAGCACUCCGAAGCCUUGUCAACAACCCGCGAUACAGUGAUGUUCGCUUCGUGGUCGGUCAAGAACGGCAGGAGGUAUUUGCCCAUCGGUGCUUGUUGGCCUGUAGAUGCAACUUCUUCCAGCGACUUCUGGGCACAGAGCCAGGCCCCGGGGUGCCCAGUCCUGUGGUGCUAAGCACUGUGCCAACUGAGGCCUUCCUGGCAGUGCUGGAGUUCCUAUAUACCAACAGUGUCAAGCUGCACCGCCACUCUGUGAGCCUGCUGACCAGGGGCCUGGGUGGGAGAGGUGGGGGGUGCCAGAGGCAGGAGUUUGCCCAUUACACUGUGGGCAUAGGGCAGGGGAAACUCCCUUCCACUCCCCCAACCACCCACUCUACAGGUGCUGGAAGUGCUGACAGCGGCUGUGGAGUAUGGGCUGGAGGAACUGAGAGAGGUGGGUUUUUGUGCCAGGUCCCUGUCUCAUUUCCCUUGCUUCUCAUGGGCUCACUUGCCGCCCUGCCUCACACACACUCCGGCCUGGAGAGGAACGUGUGCCCACACAGAGAGAAGUAUAUAUAUCUCUCCCAUCUGUGCCUGCAGUUUGUGGUGAAGGUGCUGGAUGUGGAGUUGGUUUGUGAGGCCCUGCAGGUGGCCGUAACCUUUGGCCUGGGGCCGCUGCAGGAGCGCUGCGUGGCUUUCAUAGAGGCCCACAGCCAGGAGGCCCUCCGGACCCGAGGCUUCCUGGAGCUGUCGGCGGCCGCGCUGCUGCCCCUGCUCCGCAGCGACAAGCUCUGCGUGGACGAGGCUGAACUGGUCCGCGCGGCCCGAAGCUGGGCGCGCGUGGGCGCGGCGGUGCUGGAGCGGCCGGUGGCCGAGGUGGCGGCCCCGGUGGUGAAAGAGCUGAGACUAGCCUUGCUGGCCCCGGCGGAGCUGAGCGCGCUGGAAGAGCAGAACCGGCAGGAACCACUCAUCCCGGUGGAGCAGAUUGUGGAGGCGUGGAAAUGCCAUGCCCUGCGGAGAGGGGAUGAGGCCCGGGGCGCCCCGUGUCGCCGCCGGAGAGGCACCCUGCCCCGGGAGCAUCACCGCUUUCUGGACCUGUCCUUCAAAUGAUCCAACGCCGGAACUCACAGGGAGCCCUGGACCCGCCCAGCUGAGCCUGCCCCAAACUACAGCUCCCGAAGUGCUCGGCGUUCGGAGCUGGCUUCCGUUCCCAGCGUGCCCAGUGAGCCGGGCGCCGGAAGAACCAUUGUCUGCCACGCGCUGUCCCUUGUGCGGAAUCAAGCCCGUGUGGGCGAGGUGGGGUCGGGCCGGGCAGGGCUUGGGCUGGGCCUCCCUGAGGGGGUGAAACUCGAGGAUUUCCUUCGCUCCACACCCUCACUCUACGCCCUGCCCCUGGGCAUUGUCGUCUACUAGUCUAUUCUGAUGACUCCCACAUAUCUAUCUGUUCAGCUCAGCUCCCUCUUUCUUUUUUUUUUUCUUUCUUUCUUUCUUUUUUUUUGUUUUUUUGAGACGGAGUCUCGCACUCUCGCCCAGACCGAAGUGCAGUGGCGCCAUCUCGGCUCAUUGCAAGCUCCGCCUCCCGGGUUCACGCCGUUCUCCUGCCUCAGCCUCCCGAGUAGCUGGGACUACAGGGGCCCACCACCACGCCCGGCUAAUUUUUUUUUGAAUUUUUAGUGGAGACGGGGUUUCACCGUAUUAGCCAGGAUGGUCUCGAUUUCCUGACCUUGUGAUCCGCCCGCCUCGGCCUCCCAAAGUGCUAGGAUUACAAGUGUGAGCCACCGCGCCCAGCCUCCAUGAAGAGUUUUAAAGGAGCUGCAAAACAAGAUACUAUCAAUCUAAAAUGAGAGACAGUUGACUAUUUAGAAGAAAAUAAAGUUAGAUUUCUAUCUCAGGGACUUCCUACAAAAAUAUAUUUUACAGAAUGCCAGGCACUGUGGCUCACGCCUAUGAUCCUAGAACUUUGGGAGGCCGAGGUGGGUGGAUCGCCUGAGCUCAGGAGUUCGGGAUCAGCCUGGGCAACAUGGCAAAACCCUGUCUCUAAAAUACAAAAAACUAGCCAGGUGUGGUGGCACAUGCUUGUAAUCCCAGCUACUUGGGAGGCUGAGGCACGAGAAUUGCUUGAAUCUGGGAGGUGGAGGUUGCAGUGAGCUGAGAUUGCGCUACUGCACUCAGCCUGGGCAAUAGAGUGAGACUGUCUCAAAGAAAAAAAAAAAAAAAAAAAUAUAUAUAUAUAUAUAUACACAUAGAUGUGUGUAUAUAUAUUGCACAGGGAUUAAAGCUAGUUAUUUAGCAUUAUCUCUCAAGACAGAAAAUGUGCUUACUCAGUAGUACCAUGUCAUGGCAGCAUUGGUUGGAUAGUGGAAAUUGAAAAUCAUCUAUAUGUCCAUUACCAGAGGACUGGUUAUAUUAACUAUUGUAUAUUCCUAUAAUAUUUAAAAAAUCCAUGAUCUUUGGUGAAAAAAGCACAGAAUAGACCAAUUACAGCAUGAUUUCUCUUGUUAAAAGAAAAAAGGUAGCAUAGUGAUUAAGAGCGUGUCUCCUGGAGCCAGAAUGCUUGCAUUUGAAUCCCAGCUCCGCCACAUAUUGUCUUUGCGAUUAACCUUUCUUUGCCUCAGCUUCCUUAUUUAUGAAAUGGAGAUAAUGGAACCUAUUUAGUACAGUUUUUUUGUUUGUUUGUUUGUUUGUUUGUUUGUUUUUGAGACGGAGUCUCGCUCUGUCACCCAGGCUGGAGUGCAGUGGCGCGAUCUCGGCUCACUACAAGCUCCGCCUCCCGGGUUCACGCCAUUCUCCUGCCUCAGCCUCUCCGAGUAGCUGGGACUACAGGCGCCCGCCACCACGCCCGGCUAAUUUUUUUGUAUUUUUAGUAGAGACGGGGUUUCACCGUGGUCUCUAUCUCCUGACCUCGUGAUCCGCCUGCCUUGGCCUCCCAAAGUGCUGGGAUUACAAGCGUGAGCCACCGCGCCUGGCCUAUUUAGUACAGUUUUUAGGAAGAUGAAAAUAAUUUUAUAAAAUACUUAGAAUUAUAGUGGGACAGAUUAAAUUCUGUACAUGUGUUUAGAAAACAUAUUCAUUCAUUUGUUCCACAACUAUUCAUUGAGUGCCCACACACUAGACAUUGAUUUAGGGUCAUGGAAUAAGUACAUCAGAGAACAAGUCAAGUCUCUGCCUCAUGGAGCUAACAUUCUAAGAGGAGAAACAUACAGUAAACAAGUAAAGAAAUGUAUGAUCUAUUCAGGGAGUAGUUUGUGCUAUGAGGAAAAGCAAAACGGGUUAAAAAGAUAGCUAUGUGGUGGGAGUGGGACUAUUUCGUACAGGGCAGUGAUUGUAGACCUCUGAUGAGAUAACAUUUGACAAGUGAUCUGCAGGAAGCCAUGUGUUGUGGGGAAAGGUAUUGGAGGGUUUUGUGCAGGACAGUGAUGUGUGAUCAGAUUUACUUUAAAAGAAUAAUUUGGGCUGAGCAUGGUGGCUCCUGCCUGUAAUCCCAGCACUUUGGAAGGGUGAGGUGGGCGAAUCACUUGAGUCCGAGAGUUCGAUACCAGCUUGGGCAGCAUGGCGAAAUCCCGUCUCUACAAAAAAUACAAAAAUUAGCCAGUGUGGUGGCACGAGCCUGCAGUCCCAGCUACUUGGGAGGCUGAGGUGGGAGAAUUGCUUGGAUCUGGGAGGUGGAGGUUGCAGUGAACUCAGAUUGCGCCACUGCACUCCAGCAAGACCCUGUCAGAAAAAAAAAAAAAAAAAGAAUUUGGUUGUUAUGUGGAGGACUGGAAUUGAGAAGGGCAAGAGCGAGGUAGAAGAGUGGUCUAGGGAGAACAGUUAGGGGCUACUGCAAUUAUCCAGCAAGAGAUCUUGGACCAGGAUGGCAGCAGUGGAGGUGGUAAAAUGUGGUUGGCUGAAGCAUAUGCUUUGAAGGUAUCAACAGGACCAGCUGAUGGAAGGGAGUCAACAGGACCAGCUGAUGGGUGUAAACUGGGGGGUCACUAGCUAUCAGAUGGCAUUUACUUAAAGCCAUGGAAGUAGGUGAGCUCGCUUAUGGAGAAGGAAUAGGAAGGAGGUAGACCAUUCUAUCAAAAUGCUGUUUCUACAGGGCACUUCUCACUGAGAUAUUAUUCAUCAUCUGGGAUUUAUAUUAUUUAUUCAAUUUGUUUUGUGUGUGGUUCCAUUAGAAAAGCUCCACAGGGGCUGGGCGCGUUGACUUUUGCCUGUAAUCCCAACACUUUGGAAGGCCGAGGCGGGCGGAUUACCUGAGGUCAGGAGUUUGAGACUAGCCUGGCCAACAUGGUGAAACUCCGUCUCUACUAAAAAUACAAAAAUUAGCCGGGUGUGGUGGUGCGCCUGUAAUCCCAGAGGCUGAGGAGGAGAAUCGCUUGAACCCGGGAGGUGGAGGUUGCAGUGAGCCGAGAUCGCGCCACUGCGCUCCAGCCUGGGCAACAAGAGCGAAACUACCUCUCAAAAACAAAAAGAAAAAGAAAAAGAAAAAAAAAAAAAAAGAAAAAAAGGGCCAGGUGUGGUGGCUCACGCCUGUAAUCCCAGCUCUUUGGGAGGCUGAGGCAGGCGGAUCACGAGGUCAGGAGAUCGAGACCAUCCUCACCAACACGGUGAAACCCCGUCUCUACUAAAAAUACAAAAAUUAGGCGGGUGUGGUGGCGGGCGCCUGUAGUCCCAGGUACUCGGGAGGCUGAGGCAGGAGAAUCGCUUGAACCCGGGAGGCGGA